CAUGCCUUGAACUUGGUCCUGCGAGGAUACGCUGAUGACCAACUACAAGCGUGAUUAGUCCCCUCGCCCUCCAGCGGGAGCGGUCCCUCUCCUUGGCAGCGACGUCGUUCCAGAACCCGGGCACGUUGCGGGGCGGGCAGGCAGCAUGGCGAGGCUUGGGGUUGGGGGUGGGGGGAUCUAGGGCUGCACAGACUCACAUGCAUUCCCGACUGCGCACCAGCACCCGCCCGCAGCCCCCCUCAAGAACCUUGGAGCCUUGGAGAAGCCCCAGCAGGCGGCCGCGGGGCAUCGUCCCGGGCGGCGCGUGGGCUCUGUUCCUCCGGCGAGGCGUGGGCGCGGGAGCUGUGCUCCGAGCGCACCCGCGCGCUCGCGACUGCCCGGGACUGCGCCGCUGCGGGUGCCCAGCGGAGAGCCGGCUGUUACUCGGGAUCCGGGGCGGGGUGGAGGGGGGGGGUCCCUGUGUCCCCGGGAACCUCUUUAGCCCUCCUCCCGGGCCUGGCUCCUCCUCCAGGCGUGAGGCUCGUGCCCGCCGCUGCUUGCGCGCACAGCGCCUCCGCUCGCUUCCCCCACCCCGCCUGCUCCUGCCAACGCUUCCCCCUCCUCCUCUUCCUUCUCCUCCGCCCAUCACCGCCACUACGGACGCCUUUGCCUCCUUCUACUCCGCGCGCCGCCGCCGCCGCCGCCGCCGCUCCUCCCGCUCUCCUUCGGCUUCCACCAGCCUAUCGCUCCCGCUCGCCGGGCUGCUGCAGUCAGUCCCUCUCUCCCCUUUCUCAAGUUUCCCGUCUCCUCAGGAUCAGGGCAAAGGGAGGAAAACACCCAAUUCUGCUUGCUAUUUCAGUGGUGAUGAAGAGGAAACUGAACAUCUCCAACAUGCAGUUGCUGCUUUUUGUUUUCUUGGUGUGGGACCCAGCCAGGUUGGCGCUGGCUAACAUCCAAGAAGAUGAGGCUAAAAAUAACAUUACCAUCUUUACAAGAAUUCUAGACAGACUUCUGGAUGGUUACGAUAAUCGGCUUAGACCAGGACUGGGAGACAGUAUUACUGAAGUCUUCACUAAUAUCUACGUGACCAGUUUUGGCCCCGUCUCAGAUACAGAUAUGGAAUAUACAAUAGAUGUUUUCUUUCGACAAAAAUGGAAAGAUGAAAGGUUAAAAUUUAAAGGUCCUAUGAACAUCCUUCGACUUAACAAUUUAAUGGCCAGCAAAAUCUGGACUCCAGAUACCUUCUUCCACAAUGGGAAAAAAUCAGUAGCUCAUAAUAUGACAAUGCCAAAUAAGCUUCUUCGAAUCCAGGAUGAUGGGACUCUGCUGUAUACAAUGAGGCUUACAGUUCAAGCUGAAUGUCCAAUGCACCUGGAGGAUUUUCCAAUGGAUGCUCACUCGUGUCCUCUGAAAUUUGGCAGCUAUGCAUAUACAACCUCAGAGGUUACUUAUAUUUGGACCUACAAUGCAUCUGAUUCUGUGCAAGUUGCUCCUGAUGGCUCUAGGUUAAAUCAGUAUGAUCUGUUGGGCCAAUCAAUUGGGAAGGAGACAAUUAAAUCCAGUACAGGUGAAUAUACCGUAAUGACAGCUCAUUUCCACUUGAAAAGAAAAAUUGGGUAUUUUGUGAUUCAGACAUAUCUGCCUUGCAUCAUGACUGUCAUUCUCUCCCAAGUGUCAUUCUGGCUUAACAGAGAAUCUGUGCCUGCAAGAACUGUGUUUGGAGUAACAACUGUUCUAACAAUGACAACUCUAAGCAUCAGUGCCCGGAAUUCUCUCCCCAAAGUGGCCUAUGCAACUGCCAUGGACUGGUUUAUUGCUGUUUGUUAUGCCUUUGUGUUCUCUGCCCUAAUUGAAUUUGCAACUGUUAAUUACUUCACCAAAAGAGGAUGGGCUUGGGAUGGGAAGAGUGUAGUAAAUGACAAGAAAAAAGAAAAAGCCUCUGUCAUGAUACAGAACAAUGCUUAUGCUGUGGCUGUUGCCAAUUAUGCCCCGAAUCUUUCAAAAGACCCAGUUCUCUCCACCAUCUCCAAGAGUGCAACCACGCCAGAACCCAACAAGAAGCCGGAAAACAAGCCAGCUGAAGCCAAGAAAACCUUCAACAGUGUCAGCAAAAUUGAUAGAAUGUCUAGAAUAGUUUUCCCAGUUUUGUUUGGUACAUUUAAUUUAGUUUACUGGGCUACAUAUUUAAAUAGAGAACCUGUAUUAGGGGUCAGUCCUUGAAUCUAGACCUAGGUUAUCUUGGAAUGUAUAGCAACAGUAAACCUGGUUUGUUUUGCCAUGUACAGUCUGACUAAUAACUGCUAAUUUGUGAACCAACAUGUACAGUAUGUAUAUAGCGACAUAGCUUAUAGACCUCUAAAGGAGACAUGCAUUUGCUAACUCAUGGAACUACAGGCAGAAAGCACCCCCAUGCCCAAAAGCCAUUGCCUCUUUAAAAGAUUUACCCUAGGAACUGGUUUAAAGUGGAUUUCAGAUGACCCGAUGUAUUUUCUCUUCUGACAGUGAUGAAAAUGGAGAUCCUCUACCCCACUUUAUAAACCCUUUUGAUUUAGGUCUUAAGUAGGAGUACUUUCUACUGUUGCCUAACUAUAAUGUAAGAUGACAUUGUCUUUCCAAAGGAGUUCCUCUAAACAACGGAACCUCAUAUCUCAACAUCAGUUCCCUUCCUGAGUGCUCAGAAUCCCUGCUACUGUAAUUGGAAGCUUAGCAUACAUCAGAAGAAAAACUAGAGUUUUGAAAUCAGCUUUUAAUUACUCUGUAUACUAUCUAUAGCCAUGUACAUAUUACAGCAUGACAAAUGCAAAUAAUUAUGAAUCACCCUGACAAGAUGUUCAUCAUGCCUAGAAUUUAAUAAUUAUCAGAAUGUCAUAGUCAACACAUGUUUAGCAUCAGAAUUUAUUUGAAAGUAAUAAUUCAAAUCCUACAGAUUAUUUUAAUCAUUGGAAACUACCUUAAAUUAAACAAAAAUAAGACAAUAAAUAUGUCUUACUCUUUUGAGGUAUGUGUUGUAUUGAAAUUGAUCAGCUAAAUUUUCUUGGUGCUGGUGACUGGAAAAAGCAUCCAGUUUGGCUGCUGUGGAGCAACAUUCAUACUGGAUUAGAAAACUGUGCCAAAAACUCCCACUGAUGAGAAUUCAUAGGUGUCACAUGAUAUAGAUGAGCACUCAUAUGAUUCUCUCCUUUCCUGUUUACUGCAAAUUCUGCCUUAAGGCUUCUUUUCAUCAGGACUCAGAAGCCACUAAUUACAAAGGAAAGGGCAGUUAAUUGGCACAUUUUUCUGUCUUGAAAGCAGCUCUUUCAGAUAAGAAUUAAUGUAAAUCUGCUUUUGUAAAUUGCAACUUUAAAUUUCGCUGACUCAAAUUUACAGCUUUGUAUACCAGAAGAGGUUUUGGUAAGAGUUGAACAUUUUUAAACUAAAACUUUAAAGCAUCACCAAUGAAUUGUGGAUUAGUUCACAUGUGCAAACACACACACAAUUCCACUCAAUUAGGAUGCACACACAAACAUGUAGCUAAAUUAAAAAACCACGGUUUUUAAUUGUAUAUUAUUACUAAUGACUAAUGGGUAAAAUUCGUUUUUUGUUUAGUAUUUUAAAAAUAUUCUUUA